AUGAAGUUCUUCCUCGUCCUUUCUCUCCUGGCUGCCUCGGCUCUCGCUAUCCCAGCGGACGCUGCCUACAAGCCCAGCAGCGAGAAAUCCGGCGGCGAAAAGUCCAGCGGCGACACGACCGUCUGCUCCAGCAAACAGACGGUUGUGUGCAGUGAUAACGGAAACGGUGGCCUGCUCUCUCUGGGCAACCUGCUCACCGGUCUUCUCGGCGAGAGCUGCUCUGGCGGUGAUGUCUACUGCUGCUCCGAGGAGGAGGUCAACCAGGUCGGUCUGAUCAACCUGGACUUGAACUUGCAGUGCAGCUUGAACCACCUGCUCUAA